GGGAUUCCAUUCGUUUACCUGUGUAUGUGACAUUUUUUUUCCACGGACCGUUCGUGCUGUUCCAACAUGUUUACUUGGUUGUGCCGCCCUCAUCAUGAUAACCAGCGAUCCGUCGUCGAUUCCAUCAUGAUAUUCACGUCGCCUUAUCGACAGCAUUAAUUCUCAGCUUUGCAAAACAAAAAUAGAGAGAGAGAAAGAGAGAGAGAGAGAGAGUGUGUGUGUCAUGGAUGAUGAAGUGCGACUUGAAGGUGAAGAGGAGAUGGAGCUGGAUGAGGCUUCCGAUGGUGAAGACGAAGAUGAAGAAACAACAGGCAUCCCUAUAUCUCCAGCUAACUCGGAUCAAUUGCUUGGACAGACAACACCAACCACUGUUACAUCAGAUGAGGCUUUUCAUGAUCCACUGCGGUACCCAAAGUUUUCAUUACCUGGUGGUAAACCUUUGAAUAUUCGCCGUGGACCUGGCAGACCUCGGAAAGAACGACCUUUUGGUCUAACUCGUGGAGGAAGCACAAAAAGAUCUUUUGGAAGGGGUAGCGCCAGAGGCAAAGGAUUUGGAUACACAAGAGGUAUACCGCGUCGCACCAAAAGUAAAGAUGAUGACACACACUCAGAAUCACCAAGUCCUUUGCGUAUCACUGGGAUGGAUGAUACUGGUCCUGAUGGUAGUAGUGAAUUAGUGGGAAACUCGAUCGAGAGAUCAAUGCCGGCGCCUGAAGAACCCCCUUAUUUUCCCGAACAAUGGCCGGGCAAAGUGUGCGCGUUAUGCAAUUUAGGCGAGAGGAGUCAGUUGGGACAAGGUGAACUUUUGCGUCUGACAUGUCCCCUGGGUUUCACUCCUGAGAAGCCGACAAACCGCGAUGAAACAGGUAGCGACCAUCUUGUCAAUGUCGCUGUCGCAGGAGAUAAAAGUCCGCGUGCUACUGGACCUGGAAUUGCUGUUACCUGUCGUAGACAAAAAAGUCUAGCCAAAUGCAGGAAUACUAGUCUAACUAAUUUCACGGAACCGGUGGAAGAAUUGACAAUCGUAGGUUAUUUGGAGGAACCAGAAGUCGGGACUCUGUUUGAUUCCUCAACCGGUCAUUAUUAUGUUCAUCAAUCAUGUAUUAUCUGGUCUAGCAACAAUCAAGUUUUAAUACCAGAAUUGGCAUGUCGUGCUGUUUUACAAGCUUCCUCCAGACGGUGCGCCUAUUGCUCGCAUUAUGGUGCUGGAAUUUCUUGCAAAGUAACCUCGUGCAAUCGUUAUUUUCAUUUUCCGUGUGCUGCGGCCAGCAGUUGCUUUCAAGACAGUAAGAAUUUGGCCCUUUUCUGCAGUCAGCAUCUUGGCCAAGUCCCACUUUUAUUGUGCGGAGAAGUUACUUGCGUUCAAUGUUAUGGAAUGGGCGAUGUUUCGAAUUUAGUGAUGUGCUCCGUGUGCGGCCAACACUAUCACGGCAGUUGUGUGGGCUUGGCAUUAUUACCUGGGGUGCGUGCUGGAUGGCAGUGCGUGUCUUGCCGUGUAUGUCAAGUCUGUCGGCAACCCGAGGAUGUUUCAAAGGUAAUGCUAUGUGAACGAUGUGACAAGGCUUAUCAUCCCGGUUGUUUGCGACCAAUUGUCACUUCUAUUCCAAAAUACGGCUGGAAGUGCAAAUGUUGUCGCGUGUGCACCGAUUGUGGUUCACGUACUCCUGGAGCUGGGCUAUCGUCCAGAUGGCAUUCUCAUUAUACCGUCUGUGAUUCAUGCUAUCAACAGCGUAACAAGGGCUUCUCUUGUCCACUCUGUAGAAAGGCAUACAGAGCUGCGGCAUAUCGUGAAAUGGUCCAAUGUCAUGGUUGCAAGAAGUUCGUGCAUGGCACAUGCGAUCCCGAAGCAGAUCCGCUUACUUAUCAGCAGCGCAAAGAAGCGAAGCCGGAUUACGAAUAUGUUUGUCUGCAUUGUAAGAGCAUCGCCAUGGUAGCCAGACGGAAGGACAGUAUUGAUGAAGGCGAUUUAAGUCUAAGUGCUUCGCAAGAAAGUCUCGACGGUGAAUCUUCUGAGUUAGAUUAUCCAAGUGGUUGUUCCGAAGAAGCGCUUUAUUCAGUCGGAUUAGGGAAAGGAAAACCGUUCUGUGCCACAAAGAUCGCAAAGAAAAGAUUGGGGAUUAGCGGCGGAGUUAUCGGUAGGCCCAAAGGUAUUGGAAAACUGGGUUAUCAAAAGAGGCAAAAGAUGACAGAGUUUGGAAGAAAGAGAGGGCCCAAGGGAAAAAUGAGAGGAUUUUAUGGAGUGCCAGAAGUGGGUUUGCAGAGUCCGAAUCCAGAUUCAUCCCAAUCGAAGGAAGAAGAACAGCUUGGGGGUGAGAACAGAUUGAUCUUGUGCUCGGCCAAAGAUAAAUUUGUUCUUACACAGGAUAUUUGUGUGAUGUGCGGCUCGAUUGGUAUGGAUCAGGAAGGUUGUUUGAUUGCAUGUGUACAAUGCGGUCAGUGUUAUCACCCAUAUUGCGCUGGCGUUAAGAUCACUAAGGUUAUCUUGCAAAAGGGCUGGCGAUGUCUCGAUUGUACUGUUUGUGAAGGCUGUGGUGAACGAAAUGAUGAAGCUCGCUUGAUUCUUUGUGACGACUGCGAUAUCAGCUACCACAUUUAUUGUAUGGAUCCGCCUUUAGAUUAUGUGCCGCACGGUACAUGGAAGUGUAAAUGGUGUGCGCAAUGUCAGACUUGUGGUUCUAACGAUCCUGGUUUUAAUUCAUCCUGGCAAAAAAGUUACACUCAAUGCGGACCCUGUGCUUCUCAUACCGCUUGCGUAGCUUGUCAAGAAGCUUAUCAGGAGGGUGAUCUCAUCAUUCAAUGCGUACAAUGCGAAAGAUGGCUUCACUGCGGUUGUGAUUCAAUUAAAAGCGAAGCUGAUGCCGAACGCUGUGCCGAGGAGGGUUAUGUUUGUCUUCUCUGUCGUCCUAGAGAUGUUCCCCCUCCUCAUCUUCUCUCUAAACCUUCCUCAAAAUUCACUCGAUCAUCUUCUCCGCCUCAAAAUCGAAAUAUAGAAUUGUUUAAAACUUCCUCGCAACAAUAUAUAAUGGAAGGAGUAUAUCUUUCUGAAGUAGGGAUGAAUCAUAUCAAAUCUUUAACCGCAGAACAUCAGCAAACAAGAAAAAAGAAAAGAAAACAACCCCAAAUGGUGGAUAAAGAAGCAGAUAUAAUGGCGACUAUUGAAUCUGUCGUUGCUGGAGGAAGUUUAGACAAUUCUUUAGAGGAAAAUAACAAAUUGGAAUUGAUGGAUGUUAAAGAUGAACCAGAAACAGUGCUGAAAGAAGGUAUGGUAUGGAACCAACCUCCUCCAGAAGGCUUCAGCAUUUGCACUUCAGAAAAUGGACUUCCUGUCUUACGAAGAAAGCGUCAAAGAAAUCUGCAAAAAUUAGGUAUUGGAGGAUUUAGUGUAAGAUUGAGAACCAGAAAAGACAAAGAAGAAGAAGGAGAUGCUGAAAAACCUGGAGAAUCUUCAAUCGUAGGAAUGGGAGACGAUAAACCCCGAAGGAAACCUCAGAGAAGAAAGCCAAAACCAAAACUGGCGGAAUAUUUUCCUAUUUAUAUGCAAGAAGCGUUUUUUGGUAAGAAUUUAAUGGAUACAACGAAAGAAAAAGAUCUUGAAAGCAGCAGCGAAUCUGAGGAAGAACAUAAAGUCCCUGAAAAUGCCAAUACAAUUCAGUUAUCUCAAGAUGAAUUGAAGGUAAUGGAACAAGUCAAAGCAAAACAAGAAAAAGACGAUGAAAAAAUUGCUCCUGAGCAAAUCAAAAGAGAAGAAAUCGUGGAAGAUGAUGGAAGUGAUACUGAAGCACUUGGAGAUAUUUUACCUAUUUCCGGGGAUUUAUUGGAUAGCGAUCUAGUAAAUACAAUAAUGAACGAAAACGAUGAGGACUUAGCCAAAGCGAGCGAAGCACUGGACGAGUUGGAUGAUGCUCAAGGUGGAAGUAAAGAUGAACUGACGGAUAUCUUAAGUCCACAUUUUAAUUUGGAGUCGAUGGUCAGAGACACUGGCUUACCUAAUAUGGACAGUAAAGAUAUCGAGGAAAUAUUUAAAGGCGUUCUGACUGAUGAAUCUCAAGAGUCUCAGGAAUCAUCGGUGUUCUCUGUCCAAGCUCAGACUUCGCAUCCCUCAUCAUCUACUACUCCUCUAGUGUCACCCUCUCCUCAUCCCGGUAUUCAAACAGCAAUAUUAGCAAGACCUCAAGUACCUGGUGCUCUACCUUCGGUUGGCCAAUCAAACUUAAAUUCUCCAAUGAGUUUCCCACCACCUUCACCAUACCACUCUGAAUAUAGCAAUAGUCCACAGUUUAGUCCAGCAUUUUCGGAGCCUCCUAGUCCAUGGGUAAAUCCCGAAGAUGAAGGAAAUGCUCCAACAGGCAAUGCUACCAUUUCAUACAACCAAAGAAGCAAUCUAAAGAUGGAAGCUGACGAAGCAUUGGGUACUGCAGCGACGAUAUCCUCUGUUCUCUAUGCUAAUAUCAAUCAUCCUGAAUGGAAAAUUGAUUUUCCAGUAUGGGCCGAGAGAUGUAAACAAAUUCUGAAGAAAUGGCGAGCACUUCCAACUGAUAAGAAAGCCCCAUAUUUGACUCAAGCUCGAGACAAUCGUGCUGCGGUUCGCAUGAAAAAAACACAACAGGAACAGGAUAGACUAUCAAACAGAGAUCGGUCUACUAGAGAAGCUGAGCAGGAAAGGCAGUGGAAACAAUUGCAAGCAUUACGUCAACAACAAGCACAAUUGCAGCAGCAAGUCAUCCAUGAACAACGCGUACAUGCAAUUGCUAGAGUACAUAGACAAAUCAGUGAAGAAAAUGCACCUCAACUAAGUAGUGAUACUGCACCCGCAUUAACGACACAAUUACAAGUUUCCACAGCCCAAGACGCGAGUCAAUUAACUUCCUUAGCCUCUCCUUCCCGCAGUACUUUCGCUACGCCCUCACUCAAAGCCCCUAGAAGUCUCACACCUCAGUCACCCCAUCAUCAAACUAUGGUACGUCUGCCUGCGCAAACACCUUGUCGAGUAAUACGUCCGGGCUUUCCUCAACCACCGUCUCCAUUCUCACCGCAAGCGCCUCAGUCACCUCAUGAUUUUCCACAGUCCCCGGCCUCUUCUCAACCUUCUCAGGAAUCACAUUUCCAACGCUUCGAAGGCAAUGCCUCAACUCCUGCAUCCCCCUAUUCGUCACCACAGACGCCAGGUACACCCCGCACUCCCGUAUUUAAUCCUCCGCGACCUCCCGUAUAUGCUCCUCCUCCUCCUCCCCCUCCCCCUCCACCUCCUCCAACAUCGCGAACUCCUGAUCCUUACAGCCAGCCACCUGUCACUUCUACAUCCGCUCCUGCCGCAUCUAGCUAUCCAUCACCUAGGGGUUCUGAAACUCCUCGAACGUCUCAGGAACAAGAAGUGGCUUUUGUACAGCAACCGGAAGUCAAUAGGCAACUGAGGGACUUACUGCAAAGACAACAAUUUAGUAAGAAAAUUGAAGGAGUAGGUGCUAAUUGGGUUCAAGAUGGACAAAAUAAUACGGAGAGCAAUCAGCAACAAUUUGAAGCCAGUCAUGUGCAGCUUCAGCAGCAACACUCUCAAGUACAAAACAAUUCUAGUGAAGGCACUUUUAGACAUCCACUUCCGCCAGGCAUUGUUAGGCCCAGAAUGCCUAUUCAACCGAAUGUCUUGAUAAGAAAUUCCAUUGGAAUAAACUCGCGACACCCUGUAGCAGGAAAUAUUCAGAAUCCGAUUGAUCAUCGUACUAGGACAUUACUGCAGAAUAGACCCCCAGUAGCUACUAAUGUACCUGCUCAACAGCAUUUCCAAGCAACUCAAAACCUCCAAAUACGGAUGCCAGCAACGAGAAAUGCCAUUUCCGAAUCUUAUGAUAUUUUGCAACAACAGAGAUUUACAGACGUGAAUCAGACGCAGAGUCAGCGUGUUGCACGGACAGCACAGGACAAUUUAAAUCAAGGUAUUCGUAUGUUGAACACAACUCCAGGACUGGUGCGAGCACCACUCGUUCCCACGACGAUAAGCGAGACCGUGGGAGUGGUUACUUCAGAAGCAUCUGAGAUCCCCGACAAUGUAACAGCUGAAUUGGAAAAGCUGGAGCAGGAAGGAGCCGGUCCAAUGGUUGAAGUUGAAGGAGUCAGUGCAAUAUUGGGAGAUCUGGCAGAUGAUGAUGACGAACUGCUUGCUGAAAUGGGAGCGGACUUCAACAUUCUGGAAUAUGCGGACCCUGAAUUGGACACGAUCGCAGGUGGGGAGAAGACUAAUAUUCUUGAUCUUGAUCUCGAGCAAGUUGAAGUUGAUCCCAAAGAUGAUAAGCAAAAAAAGGAAACUAGGGACGAAGAUCAGAAACCAGAAUUGACUGGUCCAACCUCUGAUAUUACUGACUCCUGCUCGACGAGCACGAGUUUGACUCUGACAGAAAAUUCCAAUGUGUCGACAAUAACUUCACCGCAGGCGACAUCGCAGACGACAUCGCAGGCAAUGCAGGCGCAAGUAGUGCAGCAACAGAUGCAUCAGCAAGUACAACAAGCGGCAGCAAUGGGCCGGCCAAUACUUCCCGGUACAAGGUUGCUUUCACCAGAUGGAGCAAUUGGAGUGGUGACUUCCACAAAUACGGUAACUGUGAGCUAUCCAUCGAAUUUUCCCGGGCACCCGCAGAGACUUUCGCAAGCACAUAUACAAGUCUCACAACAGCAACGGCUGGGUAUGCGAGUAGCCGCAGGAGUGCCAAAUAUGGCUGGCAGAGUGGUUGCUGUAAAUCAUAUGAUUGGUCCACGGAUGCCAUUGGCUCCGCCACCACCACCACCGCCACCACCACCCCCUUACCCAGGACCACCACCGCCAUAUCCUGGACCGAUACAGUCGUGUUCACAGGAGCAGCCAUUAUUGCUGGAGGAGCUGUUAGAGCAGGAGAAACGAGAACAAGAAAAACAGCAGCAACAGCAGCAGCAGCAGCAGCAGCAACAACAACAACAACAACAACAACAACAACAACAACAACAACAACAGACCGAAAAUGUCACUGGAGGAAGUCUUUUGAGCGACAGUGAUUUUGAAAAAUUCAAAGCUGAUGUUUUGGGUACUACGUCACCUCCUCAGGGUAUGGUGCCUGUGAUAAGACCACCUUGUACAGCGAGAUCACCUUCCACAUCUAACACUAACUGGCAGCAAAGUGGCAUAGCUACUGAUGGGGCGCUAAAGCUAGCAGCGGCGCAAGUGGGAUCGAGACAACCAAUUGCCACACAGACUCCACCCGAACCAAGAGUGGCUAUGUUUAACAUUCCUCAAAAACCGGCACCACCAACUCCACCAGAAAAUAUAGCUAAUGAGCAAGAUCGGCAAAUUCAUGCGAAUUAUGAGCAAUGGCUUAAUAAUCAGCAUCAAAUAUUAACGCAACAAUUAAAAUAUUAUGAGGCAGAGGUCCAAAAACUUCGGAAAAUAAGAAAGUCUCUCAAUAGUAAGCAACGUCAGCUUCGUAAAUCUGGUAACGAACUGACAGAAACCGAUGCUGCUGAACUACAACGGAUUUCUUCUGAGCAAGCUGUUCUUCAGAAACAUUUAGAAACUUCUCGUAAGCAACAGCGUCAACACAGCGUAUUGGUUCAGGAGUAUCAUAACAAACAACAACAACAACGACAAACUCAACCCCAACCAAAUGAACCUUGUUCUCCAUUGAUGUCACCUUCUCAGCAUUCUCCGAUGCAUUCUCCAGCUGCGUUGGUUUCUCAGAGUCCUGGUCCUAGUAUGAUUCAACAUUCACCAGCAACUCCAUCAAUUGUUCAACAUAGUCCAGGCACACCGCUGCUUCAACAUAGUCCAGGCAACCCUCAAUCGAAUAAUCCAGGUACAAUGUCACCGCAUAAUGUUCAGCAACAAUCGCCAAGAAUUGGCACUCCUCAUUCUCAAGGUGACGAAAGUCCCUUCAGUCCUGGGCCAAUGCCUUCUCCGGGUCUAUGCAAUCCUAACACUACACGAAUGACUUCACCACAACAUAGAGCCAUUAUUGGCGGAAGAUUGGCAACUUCUCCUGGUGCUUUUACGCCGGAGACGCGAAAUCAACAAUUGAUAGCUGAUCAGGGUGUGAGAGUUCAUAGUUUAACUCAGAGAUUUGUUAGACCACCAGAAGGGGCACAGAGGAGAGGAGGUAUCGUUUACAAUCCACAGUCAGGACAGCAACAGUUACUGAAUCAACAACAGCAUCAGCUGUUACAGAGGCAGCAGAUUAUUCAGCAACAGCAUGAAGGCGUUUCUCAGGAUCAAGGUCAAAAUACUAUUGUUCGCGGGACAUUGCAGCGGCAGCAAGUUUUCCAACAACAACAACAUGAAGGUGUUCCUCGACAACAAAUUCUUCAACAGCAGCAACAGAAUGAUAUUUCUCAGGAUGGACAGAAUCUUAUUACUCAAAGAAAUUUACAAAUGGUUCAACAAAGACAAAUUCUUCAACAGCAACAGACUGAUAUCAUUUCUCAAGAAGGACAGAAUGUUGCCGUUCAAAGAAGUUUACAAACGACCCGACAACAAAUUAUUCAACAGCAGCAACAAGAAGGCAUUUCUCAAGAUGGACAAAAUGUCGUUACUCAAAGAUCGUUGCAAAUAACUCAGCAACGACAGCAAAUUCUUCAACAACAACAAAUUCUUCAGCAACAACAAACCGAAGAUGUUUCUCAGGAAGGACAGAGUUCUAUUAAUCAAAGAUCGUUGCAAGUAGUUCCACAGCAGCAACGUCAACAAAUUCUUCAGCAGCAGCAACAACAGAAUGAUAUUAUUCCUCAAGAAAGUCAUAAUGUCGUUGCUGCUCAAAGAAACUUACAGAUGGUGCAGCAGCGACAACAAAUUCUUCAGCAACAACAACAAAUUCUUCGACAACAACAUGAAAUUGUUUCUCAAAGUAUUUCUCAAGAAGAACAAAUUACUCAAAAUUCUAUUCCUAGAACGCUACAAAUGAUUCAACAACGGCAGCAGAUUCUUCAACAACAGCAGCAACAGGAAGGUACUUCUCAAGAUGGACAAAAUAUUACUGUUCAAAGACAUUUGCAAAUAGCGCAACAACGACAGCAGCAUGAAAGUGUUUCACAGAAUAUUUCUCAAGAAAUUGGACAAAAUGUUGUUCAAAGAUCAAUACAAAUGGCACAGCGUCAAAUCCUUCAACAGCACCAGCAACAUGAAAGCAUUUCUCAAGAUGGACAGAAUACUGUUGCUCAAAGAAAUUUACAAAUAGCUCAACAGCGUCAACAGCAAAUUCUUCAUCAACAGCAUCAACAUGAAGAUGUUUCUCAAGAUGGCGCUAUUACUCAAAGAUCAUUACAACUGGCCCAACAACGACCACAAAUUUUACAGCAACAACAUGAAGGUGUUUCUCAAUCUGUUCCUCAAGAAGGACAAAGUGCUAUUACUCAAAGACCUUUGCAAAUGGUUCAACGACAACAGAUUCUUCAUCAACAGCAACAUGAGGUUAUUUCUCAAGAAGGACAGACUUCUAUUAUUCAAAGAUCACUUCAAAUGGCUCAGCAACGUCAACAAAUUCUUCAUCAACAACAACAUGAAGGUGUUUCUCAGGGUAUUUCUCAAGAAGGGCAGAAUUCUAUUGGUCCCAGAUCACUCCAAAUGGUUCAGCAACGACAGCAUAUUCUCCAGCAACAACAGCAAAGACAAUUCUUGCAAAUGCAACAACAGCAGCAGAAACCGCCUAACUCGCCGAUGGUGUCUCAGCCAUCAAAUUCCCCCAGUCCACAGCUUCAUCAGCAACUUCAACAAAAUUAUGGUCAACCUCCAAAUUCACCUAUGGUGCAACAAACAACGAUGGGUUCUCCGAUGCUUCAACAACAAUUAAAUCCGACUUCACAACCUCCUAGUCCAAUGAACAGGAUUUCACCGAUGCUUCAUGGUAGCCAUCAUCAUUCUUCGACAACUACUCAACCACCCAGCUCUCCUAUGAUGCCAAGAAGUCCUAUGGUAGCUGGAUCUCCUAUGCAAAUGCAGCGAAGACAGUCUACUGGGAAUAGUCCCGCUAUGCCAGACAGACCCCAAAGUGUGGAAAAUCCUGGAACUCCAAGGACACCUCAUACACCUCAUAAUUUUGUCCAACAAAAUACUAAUUUAACUGUAACUGCAAGUGAUCAGCAACAAGUUUCUCAACAAAUUCCUCAACAGGUUUCUCAGGAACAAACUUCUUUAUCAGAUAAUGUUUCUAGAGGUGGAGGAAACUCCAAUAAUCCCUUAAAUCCCAUUCCUUUUCUUGAUUUUGCGAAGACUGGAUAUUUUAAAUUAGGAUUAAAGGGCGGCUCAUCAGAUGAUCAGGACCAGAUUCGUCAACAAAUUUCUCAAGAACAAGUUCUUUUACCAGAUAAUUCUACUAAAAAUGAGGAAAAUAGUAAUAAAUCUAUAAAACCAAUACGAUUCCCUAAUUUUGGACGAUUUGGAUGGUUCAAGUUGGGCUUAAGAGGAGGAUCGCCAAUGUGGUCAAGCAAAGCUGAUAGUAGUAAAGGUGGUAAAGGAUCGGAAACAUCCCAAGCGAAAAGAGAUCAGUCUACAGAAGAGAAAGCAAAUACUUCCAUGAAUCGGAAAACCACUAGAAUCAGCUCACUAGUCUGUGUCGACUAUAAUGACUUUGACGACGAUUCUCAUACGCCGCCACAAGCUUCACCCACAACUUUAGAGAUAAAAUCAACUGGUCAAGGCUCUUCAUUGACCUCUUCAACUUUAGAUAAUGGAUCUUUAACUUUAGAAAGUCCUGGAGAAAAAUUGGAACAACUUCCAGAUACGACAGAUUAUGAUGAUGACAAAACUAUAGUUAAUACCGAAGUGACUUUGAGUUCCACAGCUCAACGAGACAGUGAUGAUAUCACCGUGAUUGAACAGUUCGGUGACUCAGAGCUAGUUGAUGUUAUUUCAGGAACUUUAGAAGGUGAUAUGCAGGAAGAGUAUGUUCUAUUCGAACCUGGAAUGGUGGUGGAUCUUUCUGCUGAUAGUAACGAUUCUCUUUGCCAUGCUUUAGUGAAUGAUGCUGGUCAAGGUCAUGAUUUAGUGCAAAUUUUAGAGAUUGAUAAUUCUGAAUCACAAUCAGAAGAACCUAUUUUGAGUGACGAAGAUUUAGUCCCGUCUCAUUCAAGAAAUAAAAAGGGUCUUAGACUCGAUAUAGUGAGGGCCUUUCAGUCUGGAAAAAAGCUAGUCGCUGUAACUGAUACUCCUGAAUCACCAGAUCAAGAAGAACUUCGAGUUGAUCCUUCUCCAGGUCCUUAUUUAGAUCAGUCUCCUGAUCAAGAGCUUAUGGUAUCUUUAGUAAGUGAUUCUGAAGUGGUUAUCAUCGAUCCCACAACGAAAUCGCCUGAAGACAAUCUUUCUAAAGGUUCUUGCGAUGAAGAGAUUGAAAAAACUGAUAACAAUAUACAAACUAAUGUUUCUAAAGAAAAUACAUUUAAUGAAAGCUCGAUAGAUGAUCAAACCAAAUCUUCAAAACAAAACAAGAGUCCUACAAACUUUAUCUUUUCAGAUAAAUCGUAUAUCAAAACACCAGCUUCAACUAUAUACCCAACUAAUAUUAAUGUAACAGUCUCAAAAUCGAUGGUUUCUUUAAUAAAUACUACAAUUUCUUCAAAUUUAAUUUCUAGUUUAGUUUCUACUAGUUCUAAUUCUCAACUGACUCAGGUUUCAAUUCAACCAAUUAUGACAGAAACUAAAAUGGUAGAUCAUUUUGACUUAAAAGAAGUUUCCUCGAGUUGUUCUACCAAUCAAAAAGGUGUUACAUUGUCAACGAUGGCGAGCAUUGUGGCAGAUGCAAAAAUUGCCGCGAAACUUAGUCAAACUGCUCUGGAGAAAAUAUCCAAUUCUCAGCAAGAUAAAUUGAACCCAAAAAUUAUCUCUACUAAUGAAAUACCGAAAAUAUUAUUCUCAGAGAAGCCUUCGACAACUUUUUCGAGUUUGCCACAUACGGAAUCUCUGAACAAUCCCACGAAAUUAGCAUUAAGUGUACAAUCAACUUCUGUGACGCUCUCGACUCCGAAAAUGUCAAUUCCAGAUUUGUCGAAAAAGAAUACUAUCUCAAAGAGCAAAGAAAAACUAACAGAAAAUCAAGAAGGUGAAAUGAAAGAAGAGAAAGAAAUCCAGGACAAAAUUAUAGAUGAAAAUAAUUCCUUGAAUACAUCAUCAAAUAUUUUUUCAGAGUCGAUUGAAGAGAAGAAAACUGAUCCAUUAAAUACUACGGACGAACUGGAGAGUAUGUUAGAAGCUAUUCAUAAUCCUGCAGAAAAUGUUGAAAAUAAGAAUGAUAUUCCAACGACGACUCUAAAAAGAAUGUCACCUGUUACCGAUGAUUUAUCGCUCGUCAACAUUUUGGAAAAUGAUACUGAACCGACGGAAAAUGAUAAAGAACAAAUUUCUUCAGAUUCUGAUAUGCAAAAAGUAACAAAUAAAUCUGAAGAAAUCCAAAAAAACAUUGAAGAGGCUAAUGACAAAAACAUAAAUAAAAAGAAUCAUCAGGAAGAACAAUGUACGGAAAUAGAAACUUCCAAACCAUUUCUUCAACAUUGUUUGAGUGAAGAAAAGGCAUUAAUAGAGGAAUCAUCUGAUGAUAUUUUAGAUAUGUUACAAAAUAUUAUUUCAUCAAAACCGGAAAUGGCAAACAGUAGCGAGUCGAGUAUUAUUUAUCAAAUGCCAACUCCGUUAGAUACUUUACCCUUAAAUAUUCUUCAAGACUCUUUAAUGGAUUUAGAGCAAGAAAAUCUCGAAAAUGAUCAAAUUUCUUCAACUGAACCUAAAAAUGAAGUAAAAUGUCAAAAUGCUGAAGUAAAAAAGAGUUCUCCAGCAACGAGUCAAGCUUCCACUUUGAUAGUUAGUACCGUGGCACAAUUGCAAAAAAGUACAACAACAGUUCCUCAUUUAUCACCACUUUCGAAGCCAACAGAAUUGACUUCUAAUGUAGCUAACGUAUCCCAUCAACUGAGAACAUUGCUAUCAUCUUUACAAAGCAAUCAAACAACAGUGAAUCAAACCGGAGUGGUCACCAUGGUUUCUUCAGUGAAAUCUGGAAGUGUUUUAUCUACCUCUAGUCCCUUGUCGACAUUGAAUUCAUCAAAUAAUAUUCAGAGUGGAGUUUCGACUUUGACAAGAUUAGAUCAAGGUCGUUCUCAACCUAAUCUGAUCAGCAAUAUUUUAAAAGAUACAGAAAUGGUUGUAAAAGAGAAAAAAGAAUUAAAGGACUGUAGCGGAGUUAUUACUACAGGUUCAAAAGUUAAUAAUAGCGAGCAGAUCUUCAGGAUGACUUCUUCAGCAACAACUUUUCAGACUACUACAGUUUCUAAUCUUUCAAGUACUUCUUCGGCUGCAGGUACUUCUAGAAACAUUGCAACUUCGAUCUCUAUCACUUCAAAUGCCAUGUUGAAUGCCAUGCUGGCUGGGACUACUUCCUUAAAACCUUCAAUUGCUGGUCAUGGUCGAAGUAACACAAUACCAACUCAAUCUGCAGUCAAUCUUUUGAGUUCUGUUUUACCAUCGACUUCAAUACAACGCUCGCAAAAUCUUCAAGCAAUCCUUCAAGCCAGUUCAGGAUGUUCUACACCUUCUCGAGUACUGGUAAAUACUAGUUCAGCCGUAACUAGCUCAAUGCAAUGUAUUAGAACUAUUGUGCCACCUUUGGCAACUUCUAGUGGUGUUUCAAGUACGUCUAGUAUUCUUCAAUCGACUUUAUCGCAAGCUCCAAGUCCCCUUUUGACUUCUAAUCAAAACCAAUUUAAAUCUUCUGGUCUUCUAUCAAUAGAUAAAAAUAACGAUCUUGAAAAUCAAUCUACAACAGUGAAAAAAGAUCCUGAAGAAUCCAAAAUCCAAGAAAAGAGAGAAAUAGAUUCCAGUAAAAGUACUUCUAAUUCUUUAAGAUUAGAGGAUUCUCAAAAUGUAUUGCUGAAGCAACUAUUGCAAAAUACGGCAUGUCCUACGACUUCAGGAUCGUCACAAGGACCCAGUCUGCCAAUAGUUCCUUCACUGGAAGCGCAACUGGCUCGGCCAGUCUUACCUACGCCACCUUCUUUGCUUCCUCAGUUAUUAAACGAAACCCCAACACCGAAGCCAGUAACAAAACAAGUUCUUGCGAGGGAAACUUCUUUUUUAUCGCAUUCGGUAACACCCUUAAAGAUUCAAAGUUCACCAACUAAAGAGGAAUCUGCGAAACCUCCUCUUUCAUUAUCUAGUUCGAUUGCGACACAAAGAGCACAAACUGAAAACUUGAAGCAGCAAACAACAAAGUCAGUUCCUACUUCUUCAGUAAGUUCUUCGGGAAAUUCUAUAUCAAGUCAACCAGUUUCUUCAUCAAUAACAACGACAAAAACGUCUCCGAACAUUUCUACGAAUUUGCAAGAGACUUCUGUAAGUCAAAGCAAAUUGAGUACUGGCAUGAGCGGAGAAGGGCUUCAAACUCAACAACGCGUAACUGUUUCUAAACAUGCUUUGCAAAAUAAACCAAUGGCAACCUCUGGAACAGCCUCGAAGAGCGUCCAAUUAGCGACCAGUAACUCUAAUAACAUAUCUGGAUCACAAAUUCAAGUCCAAACACAGUCUCAAAACCAAGCUCCAGUCGUGCAGAAGCCAACAGUGGCACAACAACAAGUUCCUUCUUCUUCGACUACUUCCGUUCAACAACAAUCUGUUCAGCAACAAGUGCCUCAUAAUCAUGGAACCGUCGCGGUUCCACCACAAACCGUUAUGGGAUCCGUUACCCCAUCAGGUUCCAAUACAGUGCCUUUAGUCGAGAUUAAAAAAGAAAUUGGUCUUGAGGAUGUUUUGUCCACUGUUGCCACAACAUCAGCCAGUCAGUUGCAGACGGAUACCAAAGAAUUUCUCACUACCAAAGAGGAACUUAUAGAUGGCGCAAUGGAUGAUAAAACUGAUCUUAAGAAGUUGAAGAGGAGACAAUACCAACAGAAGAGAAAGCAAAGCCAGGGAAAGGAUGCCAUAACUGCACCUCAGAAAAAACGUUCCCGUAAAGUCUCGCGCCUCGAUGAGGAUUAUGACACAUUUGUGGAUAAUUUAAUGACCCAGUUGCGACAACUUCAACCGAUGGCGGUUCUGGAACCCCAGUUGAGUCGUAAUUAUGGGGUGUGCCCGAUUUUCGGUUGCGGAGAUCUUGUUAAGAUUGGAAGUCAGAAAGAUUAUAACGCUAGAAUUGGCGAUUUGAUUGGAAAUUAUGGAUCAGCCAGUUUACCUGGAAUUUCUGAUCAUUAUAAUACACAGCCAUUUGGAGAAUUAGAGCCUCUGCCACCUCAACAACCCUCGACUACGCAGAGAGGAUUUUAUGAUCAAGAAUUUCCGCCUUUGAAGUUGGACGAUACUGAUGAAAAAAAAGAGAAUAUGACGACUAAUCGCGAUGUGGACUCUCCUGAUACCAUUGUGAGUUCGUCCUCACCUGAAUGUGUUAUACCAGAAUUUAUGCACCGUUUUCCUGGACUGCGAUUGAUUGAGGAAGAAUCGGAUGAAGAAGCAGAAUGGCUCAAACGUGUAUCACCCGUUAUACCUCUGAUUUCACCAAUUCCAAUCAGACUAAAGCCUGCUUACUUAAAAGAUGCAGCUAAACAAGACAAGGAGAAUUUUGGAAUGCCCAAGCUUGGCAAGUCCCCUCCGAUUCCUUUACGAGAAAGCGGAAAUGUCACUGUGACCUUAACUUUGAAUAGUCAGGCUGCCGAUGAUAUAAUGGGUGUACUUAAAGAUCUUGCUAAUAUUCUGAACAUAACACCGCCUGCUGGUUAUCAAAUAGUUGAACGCACCACUACUCCUCCUAGUCAGAAAUUAGGGCUGUACAGGACAAAAGGGAAGGACGGCAAAGAGGGUAAAAUAAAAAUAUUCUUUUUACAGCAGUAUUACAGGAGCAUUUUCAGUGAUUAUGAUCCGAGAUUAUUUAAUCUAAUCUUCCUUUCCAAUAUGCUGUUUCGUAUGGGAAUUGCAGUAGCACCUGCAAAAGCCGAAGACACCCGUCGUUGCGUAUUUUGCAAAAGUCAAGGCGAUGCAACAGCCGAUGGGCCAGCUCGAUUACUCAAUUUUGAUGUGGAUAAGUGGGUACAUCUCAAUUGUGCAUUGUGGUCUAAUGUAGUGUAUGAGGCACAGAGUGGCGCACUUAUGAGAUUGGAUGAGGUCCUCCAGAACAAUCUUGUACAGAUUUGCAUCAUUUGCGAAAAAUCCGCUGGCACUGUCAAGUGCUACAAGCCAAGGUGUACUAACUGGUACCACCUGAUAUGUGCCAUUAAAGACGGUUGCGGUUUUUAUAAAGAUAAGACUAUGGCUUGUCCUCAACACCUUAUAAAAGAUAAAGAUAAAGAACUAACUACCCUUUCUGUUUACCGUCGUGUCUAUGUUCAACGUGAUGAAAAUCGUCAAGUCGCUGCGGUGAUGCACCAUUCUGACAAUAAACAUUUACUUCGUGUGGGUUCUCUUAUCUUUCUUAGCGUCGGUCAACUACUUCCUCAUCAAUUGCAAAACUUCCAUACGCCCAACUAUAUUUAUCCAGUGGGCUACAAAAUCGUGCGUUUCUACUGGAGUAUGCGAAGACCUAAUAAACGUUGCCGCUAUGUUUGCUCGAUCCACGAUGUCUCUGGUCGUCCGGAAUUUCGUGUCCUAGUUCAAGAACCUCUUCAAGAAGAUGUUGAACUGAGAGAUGCUACUCCGCGAGCAGUUUGGAGCCGAAUCUUGGAACCAUUGGCAGAAUUGAGGAGAAGUACAAACUCUGUACAAUUAUUCCCGAGAUACGUUUCGGGAGAAGAUCUGUUUGGUUUGACAGAGCCAGCAGUAGUGCGAGUACUGGAAAGCUUGCCUGGAAUUGAGACUUUAACCGAUUACAGAUUUAAAUAUGGUCGUAACCCGCUAUUGGAGUUGCCUUUAGCCAUUAAUCCAACAGGAAGUGCACGUACGGAGGCACGUUUACGCAAUCAGCUUCCGUGGAAACGACCGCACACGCAACGCACAGGCGGCUUUGCUUCACGUGGAAUGCCAUUUGGCUUGCCAACCUGUGGUGCUGCCGCAACAAUGGGAGGUGGAGUCUCUUCAACAUUAGUUGCAGCGGCUGCUGCUGCUGGCGAGGCCGCCUCUUGUCCAUAUUCGAAACAAUUCGUACACUCCAAGAGCUCACAAUAUAAGAAGAUGAAACAAGAAUGGCGUAAUAAUGUUUAUCUAGCAAGAUCAAAGAUUCAAGGUCUAGGAUUAUACGCAGCGAGGGAUCUGGAGAAACACACGAUGGUGAUCGAGUACAUUGGAGAGAUCAUUAGAUCAGAAUUAGCGGAAACAAGGGAGAAACAAUAUGAAGCUAGAAAUCGUGGUAUAUAUAUGUUCCGAUUGGAUGAGGAACGAGUAAUAGAUGCGACUUUAUGUGGUGGUCUCGCUCGCUACAUUAACCAUUCCUGCAACCCGAACUGUGUCGCUGAGAUCGUUGAAGUUGAGCGCGAUUUCAGAAUUAUCAUUUUUGCCAAGCGCCGAAUUUCACGUGGCGAAGAGCUGGCAUAUGACUACAAAUUCGACAUCGAAGACGACCAGCACAAGAUUGCAUGCGCUUGCGGCGCAUCCAAUUGUCGUAAAUGGAUGAAUUAAACAAAUUAAGAUGACGAUACAGAGAAGAAACAGGAAAUGAGAA